GUAGAGAGAGAGAAAAUUUUCUUGGCUUCAAAGGCUUGAAAAUGGUGAAUGAGUGAUUAAAUUGUCUUACAAAUUUAUACUAUUCAUAUAUAUAUUUAUGUUGGUAAAGAUAUGGGUUUAGAUUUGUUUCCAUUGACAAAACCAAAAUCUAGGAACACACAAAUUCGUUUUGUUAAUGCAAGAAGACAACACAAAUGUGGACAAGCACACACAACAAAACCAAACAUGAAUUUUAGCAUCUCCCUCCUCCUACAUUUCCUUCUCCUUGUUUCUUUGGUUUGUCAUGUUUAUUCUUCAGAAACAAGUGGCCAAAAUCAAGCUUUUUUGCCAGAAGAAGAGUUUCACAAGUUGAAAAGGACAAUAAGAAUUCAUCUUCAGAAGAUCAACAAGCCUUAUGUUAAGACAAUUCAGAGUCCUGAUGGUGAUAUCAUAGACUGUAUUGUGUCUCAUAAACAACCAGCAUUUGAUCAUCCUCGAUUGAAAGGACAAAAACCAUUGGACCCUCCCGAAAGACCAAAAAGUCAUAGUCGGAGGAAUAUUUUGAAUGAUAAUUUUCAACUGUGGAGCUUAUCAGGUGAAUCAUGUUCUGAAGGAACGGUUCCAAUUAGAAGAAUAAAAGAAGAAGACAUGUUAAGAGCUUACUCUAUUAACACAUUUGGAAGGAAAUUAAAACGUGUUAGAAGGGACACCAUUGGCAAUGAUGGACAUGAGUAUGCAAUUGGGUAUGUGAGUGGGGAUGAAUACUAUGGAGCAAAAGCUAGCAUAAACGUGUGGGACCCACAACUGGAAAGUCCAGAUGAAUUCAGCUUGUCUCAAAUAUGGAUCACAACUGGUUCUUUUGAGAAAGAUCUCAAUACUAUUGAAGCUGGUUGGCAGGUCAGCCCAGAGCUCUAUGGGGAUAGCUACCCUAGAUUCUUUACUUAUUGGACGAGUGAUGAUUAUCAAGGAACUGGGUGCUACAAUUUACUUUGCUCUGGCUUUGUUCAAACUAGUAGUAAAAUUGCAAUUGGAGCUGCAAUUUCUCCAACUUCUACAUAUAAUGGAGGCCAAUUUGAUAUUAGCUUAAUGAUAUGGAAGGAUCCAAAGAAUGGAAAUUGGUGGCUUGAAUAUGGAUCCAAUGGAGAAAUAAUUGGAUAUUGGCCAUCUUCUUUGUUCACACAAUUAAAAGAUCAUGCAACUAUGGUUCAAUUUGGUGGAGAAAUAGUGAAUUCAAUGUCAACAGGUGCUCACACUUCCACUCAAAUGGGUAGUGGACAUUUUGCUGAUGAGGGUUUUGCAAAAGCUUCAUAUUUUAGAAAUAUGCAAGUUGUAGAUUCUGAUAACAGUUUAAUUCCGUUGCAAAAUCUCAAAGUUCUAGCUAACUCUCCAAAUUGUUAUAAUAUACAAGAAGGGACUAAUAAUGGGUGGGGGAAUUAUUUUUACUAUGGUGGACCUGGUAGGAAUGUGAAUUGUCCCUAAGAUAAUAAUAAAUAAUAUAAAUUAUAAUUAUAAUUAUAAAGGUGAUUUAUUUUACAUAUAUAUGUUGAAAUUAAAGUUCUAAUUUGUUCAUAUAUUUUUAUUCAUUCACGAGUAAUCCAUAUAUUGAUGAUUCCA